UUCAAUAAACAAACGAACGCGUUGAUCUUUACUUUAGGAUAAUAAAAAUGUUUUAUCAAAGUAAUAAAAAUAGUUUUUGAACAAUUUUACUUAUACCGUUUUAAAUAUUACAGUCAUCAAAUUUGUUUACAAAGUGUCAGGUGUACAUUUUUUAAAUAUAAGCAAACACGAACGGUUUGAAAGCUUAACACACAACAUAUAACUCACACACUUGAACAAAUAUUAAGGUGUGUUUUCAGUUUCGUAGGAGCUUCGUUAGUAGCAGACUUAAAAUUGAACUGAAACGUUGUAUACCUAUAAAGUAUGUGGGUUGAUCCAAUACAGCCAUUAAACAGGGGUCAGGGCACUCUUCAAGCUUCUCAUCAGAGAGACGACCUUAGUCAUGCGAUGUUCAUCUUUCAGCUCUUACAGAAAGGCAUGAUCUUCACUGCUCUCGUGGUCGGCGUCAUCUGUUGCGGUCACCUAGUUUUUGUUCGCAGAAAGUACUGCCGAAAUACUACGACGCUGUUAGCAGUGGUGCUCCCCGGAUUUUUCCAUCUGAUCGCAUGCGUGAAAGUGCUAAUAAUUGCUGAGAAGAACACUGUAAUACGCGGAAAAGAGGGGACUCCAAGCGUCGGCUUGUGCUUGGACUAUUUGAUGACAGCGGUUUGUGCAAACACAGUGGUUAUCGUGGUUAUCAUUCAUAAUAUUUUUGUUAAGAAUUUUAAAUGGUCGGUGUCUUCUUGUCUAGCAUACGCAGGAAUACUUAGUUGCAUCAUCACAGGAAGUUUUUUCGUCAUCAAUAGAGUGCCGCAAUACAGUUCACUUCAAGUUGCACAACAUUCUCCUGUGACACUUGGGACUCCCGGGAAUCAGCAUAUUGAGGUAUUCCUGUCCGUGUGUCAGAAAAAUGUUUACGAGGAGAGAUGGGCUAUUCUGGCCGAAUAUUUGCUCAUAUACAUCCCCGUCAUCGUCACAGUUUUAGCUGCUCUCUGCAUGAACAAGACAAAACAGACAGGUUUGCGAGCGAUUUUUUCUAUAAGCAGUGCAAUUGCUAUCUGCUACUAUAUAUAUUUGAACCAUAUCGUGGAAUUCGGCGAUCAGGUCAAGGAGGCAAAAGAAGAAGAACAUUUGGUCUUGAAUAGCACAAAUGUUAAACUUACAAUUCUUUGGUGGAAUCAGCCGAUAUGGGUUGUACCAUAUGAAACAAAAUGUAUUAACUGUAUUACUUCAACGAACAGAAACAUUUUCGAUAAAAGUGCUGCAGUGGUGUUUUCCUUAGCGGAUGGUCACAUGGGUACAAAACCACCAAUAGAAAACAUUAUGAGAAACCAAAAUCAAAUCUGGGUAGCCUUUUCAUUAGAGACAAAUGUACAAAACUCGUGGAUCAGAGAUUACAAAAACAAACAUUGGAAAGAUGUGUUCAAUUGGACAUGGAACUAUAGACCUUCUGCAGAUAUAUUUAUGCCGUAUGGAAGGGUAUCAGAAAGAUUAAAGCUAUUGUCAAAAAACUACUCCAUGAUAUUUCAAAGGAAAAACAAAUUUGCAGCAUGGGCCGUGAGUCAUUGCAAUGCACACAGUUUAAGAGACAAAUUUGUGAAUAACAUGAAUAUGCGUUUGCAAAACCACAGUAUCGACAUAUUUGGAAAAUGUGGACCUAUAAACGUUUCACAGAGUAAACUCCCUACUUUAUUAAGCAAUGAUUAUAAGUUUUAUUUAGCGUUUGAAAAUGCUUUUUGUGAUGAUUAUGUUACAGAAAAGAUAUACUCCCACUUCAACACUGACAUUAUUUGUGUGGUUCGCGGAAAAGCAAAUUAUACCAAUAUAUUUCCAAAAGGCUCGUUCAUCAACACCAGGGACUUCAGAAACACAAGCGAUUUAGUUAAUUAUUUGGUUGAAGUGUCGGAAAAUGAAACCUUGUAUUCGAACUUCUUAAUACAGAAAGACAACUUUCAAGCUUGGCACGAUGGCAAGGAGCAAUUUAAGCAGUCAAUAUGUAAUAUUUGCCGAAAAUUGAAUGAUCCCUAUCUUAAACGAAAGACAAUUUAUGACGCAGAAGAGGAACUUGGACAGUGCAUCAAACCAAAUGAUGUUUAGUUCAAUCGAGUGUUUCAUUCUGAUCGAACAGGUCACACUCCAAUCAAAUGCAUUCCUUCUUGUUUUUAGCAUGAACAUGUUUAUACAUGUAAAUCAUAUUUUGGUCUCGAUGUAGAUACGAAAAAUGAUCAAAUUCAUGUCAUUUUUCGCCUUUUUGUGAUUGAUUAAAACAUCUCAUCUCGGCUAUUAAGACCCUUCUUAUUUAUCAUCGAAAGUAGUCGUGUUGCACAA